CUCCGUUUCUCUACCCGCAAGAGAGUCUCUCAUCCUCUCCAUUGGCAUUAUCAUUGCCUCACAUCACUCUGUUUCUCAAACAGGGGGCUUCAUUUUUAUUGCCAAACAUCAACAAACCAGUGAGAGAUUCUCUUUGUUAAAAGGGUUUUUUUUUUUUUUUUUCAUUUCAAAAAAUCCCCUGUUUUUUACAAUAAAAAAUAAAGAAAAGCAUAGAUGGAUCAGAUAUCACCAAAGCUACUGAUUCCACAAUCAUUUCUAGUGAAUCGAGAUGAUGUAACGAGUCAACUGGGCUUGAUGUGGGAAUUGAUUAAAGCACCAUUGUUAGUCCCUAUGUUGAAACUUUCGGUUUAUAUUUGUUUAGGCAUGGCGCUUAUGUUGUUUAUGGAAAGGGUUUAUAUGGGGAUUGUCAUUGUCCUCGUAAAGCUUUUUUGGAAAAAACCAGAGGAACGGUAUAAGUUUGUGCCUAUUGAAGACGAUGAAGAGCACGGUAGCUCGAAUUUUCCGGUCGUUUUGGUGCAAAUACCAAUGUUUAAUGAAAAAGAGGUUUAUAAGAUCUCCAUUGGAGCAGCUUGUGGACUUUCAUGGCCGUCCGAUCGUCUUGUUAUACAAGUACUUGAUGAUUCAACUGACUCUGCAAUCAAGUCAAUGGUGGAGCAAGAGUGCCAAAGGUGGGCAAGCAAAGGCAUAAACAUAACGUACCAAAUAAGAGAAAACCGAACAGGUUACAAAGCUGGUGCUUUAAAAGAAGGGUUAAAGAGGAGCUAUGUGAAACAUUGUGAAUAUGUAGCCAUUAUCGAUGCCGAUUUCAGACCGGAUCCCGAUUUCCUUAGAAAAAGUAUCCCCUUUUUGGACCAUAACCCCGACAUUGCUCUAGUUCAAGCUCGUUGGAGAUUCGUGAAUGCCGACGAAUGCUUGCUAACAAGAAUGCAAGAGAUGUCAUUGGAUUACCAUUUCACAGUGGAACAAGAAGUUGGAUCAGCAACUCAUGCUUUCUUCGGUUUUAAUGGAACUGCUGGUAUAUGGAGAAUAGCAGCCAUUAAUGAGGCAGGUGGAUGGAAAGAUAGAACCACCGUGGAGGACAUGGACCUUGCCGUCCGAGCUAGUCUUAGGGGAUGGAAAUUUCUUUACCUUGGUGACCUUCAGGUAAAAAGUGAACUUCCAAGUACUUUCAAGGCCUUUCGUUUCCAGCAACAUAGAUGGUCAUGUGGCCCUGCAAAUUUGUUCAGAAAAAUGGUGGGGGAGAUCAUCACAAACAAGAAAGUGAGAUUCUGGAAGAAAGUAUACGUAAUUUACAGCUUCUUCUUCGUCAGAAAAAUCAUUGCUCACAUGGUCACUUUCUUUUUUUACUGUGUGGUCCUCCCUUUAACCAUUCUAGUCCCUGAGGUUAAAGUUCCUAUAUGGGGUUCGGUUUAUAUCCCUUCCAUCAUCACCAUCUUAAAUUCCGUAGGCACUCCUAGGUCCAUUCACCUAUUGUUUUAUUGGAUUCUUUUCGAGAACGUGAUGUCGUUGCAUCGGACAAAAGCGACACUCAUCGGUCUCUUCGAGACCGGCCGAGCCAACGAGUGGGUCGUCACCGAGAAGCUUGGAGAUGUAGCGAAGAAAGUCGCUGAAGCUAAUAAAAACAAGACCAAUAGCAAAGCGGUAAAGAGAUAUAGAUCAAAAUUUAUGGAUAGAUUAAACACAUUGGAGUUAGGAUUUUCAGCAUUCCUUUUCCUAUGCGGGUGCUUUGAUUUUAUGUACGGGAAGAACAAUUACUUCAUAUACCUUUGGCUACAAACCAUUACCUUCUUCAUUACAGGCAUUGGCUAUGUCGGCACCAUCAUUUGAUCAUUUUGUCAGUUUGUUUUUCUGUUGUUUUUUUAUUCUAAAUUUUCUCGCCUGCCAAACAAGCAAAAUAUAGGUCCAUUUUCAAUAGAGUACUGUACAGAGGACAAAGCUUUAGCCAUCUUUCUUUGUUAAUGGAGAGUUUCUUUGUUAUGACAGAUUUAAGGACAAUGAGAUGCAAAAAUGAAGCUUUUUUGGUGAA